AUGUCCGCCUGGGAGCGGAUGAUGGUCGAUCGAGCCCCGAGAGCAGUCAGUGAAGCGGCAACGACGGCCUGCCUUAAACAGGGGAUUGGUGAGAUUAAGGUCACUGCCCCAAAAGCCUGGGAGCAAAAUAGCAACAUUAUUGAGGCCAACCUAUGCUCGUCAGCCAAUGUGGAAGCCAUCUUGAACGAGGACAUCAUUCGCUUUUGUGGUGAAAACGUACUGGUAUUCUCAUCACUGGAGCGGCUACCUCCUAAAGUCACUGAUUACGAUCCAACGAAGGUUACGAGCAAGUACGAUCUUAGCAAACGGCAAGAGGAAAAGAGUCUGCUAAUUGACGCCUCAAAAGCAGCACCGAGUAUGAAAAGUCGUCUACGUUCUCCUUCCACAGAUAUGAGGACUCGCUCAAAAAACGGACUCGCCCGCAACGCUCUUGUCAAAUCCGUCAGCCCCGCACCUCCACCCGUGCUUUACCCAAAAGCACGUGGUCUCCCAACUGCUCAAUACUGUCCACUUCCAUGCACAUCCACCUCUUCAGAAUCAUCCGAAUCUGAAGGGAUCUGUGCAGACUACCUCAGCAAGACUAGCACAUCGAUGACGUCGUCAAUAUUUGAUGAAGAUUUGAUGACUCGUAGACUGAACGACUCGCUCUAUAAAAAUGUUCUUCAUAUGGAUCAUUCCUCAGCGGACGCAACUGAUUUUGUUGACAACAGGCGUUGUUUUUCGGCAACUCGAAGUCGUCUUGGAGUUUCCUUUAUGCAUGAGACUGCUAGCACACCAAAGGCUACUAGAAUACCAACACUGAUGUCCCGCAGUCUUUCGGCGUCCUACGAUCGGAACAGAAUGCUGUGCUCCGAAUCGCCUGUAGUGAGCGGAUCCCGUGAGCAGCUAUGCGGUGUCGUUGCGAAACAGGAAGCUCUUCAACUUCUCGAAAGAAGUCGAGCAAGAAGGCCAGUUCGUGUUGCUGGUUACGAAGCAAGGUAUGGCGAGCUUUUU